CUCUCCCUCUCUCUCUCUCACUCCAGCAACAAGAAAAAAAAAACAAAAAAAAAAAAAAAGAGAAAAGGGAAUUUGUUGCUUGAAUAAUUUGAGAGGUGGUAAUUAAUGGAUCAGGUAACUGAGGAGGAGGAAUAUAAUGAAAUGGGUUCUUCAGUAACAUCGACACUCGAACCGCGGCAUCAUCUACUAUUCAGCUAUGCAUCUUCCAUCUUAGCCAUUGCCGACACCACUUACCGAAGAGUCGAAGAGAUGCAUGGCCCCAUAGGCUCUCUCGCAAAAAGAGUUGCAUCCACGACACGUCCCAUGUUACACCCCUUGCUUCUGCAAUGCCUUUCGAUCCUCUCGUUCUUCGAUAGCGUAGUCGUGAAGUUCGAAAACAUAACCAUGUCAAUUUUCCCGCCAUCUACAAUUAUCUUCGCGAAGAUCGACGAGCUCGCCCUCCUCGCAGACUCUUUUCCUAAAUUUUUCAAUGAUGCCGUCGACGAGCUUCUUGUUUUUCUCCACCAACUGCCGGUGAUCGAUGUCGCGAUGGAGAAAUUGGGUAUGAUGUCGAGUCCAAGCAACGAUGAGAGAGACAUCAUUGUAGAUAUAAAGUGCGAGGAGGGCGAGCGGCGGGAAGAGGAUUGUAAGAGAGAAUGUGAGGGGAUAAGGGAGGUUGAGAAGAGUCGUAAGGAGAUCAUCGAGGUUUUGGAGAUUGUCGAGGUGGCGGAGGAUCAGAGCCAGAGAGGCAGCGGCCGCGGCGGCGACAGUGGCGGCGGAAGAAAAGGGGUGGUGAAGGAUCAAAUUUUGGAGUUGUUUGAUGAGGGGUGGCAUUUGAGGUCUGUGUAGAGAGAGAGAGAGGAAACUAGUAGUUGUUGUAUCAAACCAUGAGUGUGCAUAUAUAAUAAGUAUAUUGUGUCAUUUUCUUCUUUUUCUAUGGAGUUGCUGUACAAGGAGUUGAAGAUCAUGAUGAUGGGAGGAAAUACAAGCAGUUCUUGUAGCGUUUUUGUAUCUUUUGAUGGGAAUUCAUUUGUGUUUGGCACUGAAUGAGCUUGUUUGAAUCAUUGCUGA